AAUUAGUUGCCAGUUAUAAACAAAGAAUGUCCCGAAUGAAAAAAAGAGGACAAAUUAUUUGCAAGAAAGCUAGAAUCGUCACAAUAAUAUUCUGUUGUUUUUGGAGUAGAAUUUGCAAGCGAAUUGAGAUGGGUUGCAGUAUCUAUAAGCCUUGAUGCACUCAAUUUUUAUGAGUUAUUACCAGCCUUUGUGGUAUAGUGGUUAAAUCAUCGGUCUUUAGACUGGCAAGUACUAGGUUCGCAUCCUGGUGCCGUCUUCGACCGGAGCGAGUUUAACGACUACAUGGGUAAGGCUUCUCUUUCACAAAUUACUAACAUCUAAUCACUAACACAGACAGAAAGCUCAGGUAGCUUAUAGGUUAUUGUUGAAUAAAGGAAAUUAAUAUUUAUGUAAUGACACCUCAGCAUCUUAGCGACAGCACACACUCUUACAAAUGAUGCAUAAAAUACACUAAUGCAUUUCAUUUUCAUUUUAUUUUGUUUCAGGAGAGUCUACACUUGUCGUUAAACAGAACAAGAACACCAAUGCAAUGUUCACACCGGACAGCGUGUUACCCUGGCAUGUGUGAACGGAAUCCGGACAGAACCACCACUACCUGUACCUGUGAGGAUGGAUUCGGCGGACCUAAGUGUAUCAACAUGCCAGCAAAAUCAGCACCUGAUAUCAACACCAUUCAGGCUAGAAUGUCAUUUUGGAUGAGAGGAAUAACCAAUCCGAUGGAAAAAUACUCCCUCUUGGUGGAUUCGACCAAUAAGAAGGAGACUGAUUUCUUAUGGACCAAUCGAGCUCAGUUUAACUGGAUCAACAUCACAGCUGUCAGUCAGUACAUGGGAGAUGAUCUCCCGCCAAAACCAGCUUGGAUAAAAGAAGCCAAAUUCGGCAUAAUAGACGCUGAAGUGAACAUCCGGUUAACUAAACUGUCCUAUCAAGAUACUAGCAAAUUUGUUAGCAAAGAUGAAACUCUGAAGUGUAACCGGACCUUUACAUCUUUGAAUAUUGGUACACGAUCACCUGCCCCGGAUGUCGUAAACUGCAGUAUCAGUCUUCCAAACUUUGACAGGCAGCUGGAAAAUGGCGACAGACUGACCGUGACCUUCACAACUAAAAGUGGCGGAUAUCGUAGACUGGUGGAUACAAAACAUCCUUACUGGACAUAUGAGACACACGAUUUUAACGGACAUGUUAAAGUUAAGGAUGUUGAGUUCCGGUUUGAUACAGCUAAACCAAAACACUGUAGACUUAAAAAUCCGUCCUGUACAGAUGAAAUAUUUAGUGUGGAUAAUGACAUACAUGUCACAAACACUCCAAUUAUUUUGAAUUGGAAUGGCUGGACUGACACUCUGUCUGGAAUGUUCCGCUACGCUUGGGAAGUCUUCAAAUUGGUGCCAGACAUUAGCGGUAAACUGCACGAGCAAUAUCCACUGAAACCCUUGAAGAUAACGGAAGUGAUGCACGCAAACCUUAGUAGCGUGACGCCGUCUUUUCAUCCUUCUGAACCCGGGAUGUAUUCUUUCAUCCUAGAAGCAUCAGAUAUGGCAAACAACUCUGUCUUUAUCAGACGCUUAUGUCUGUAUGACCCAUCAUCUGAAAUCACCUUCAAUUCCAUUGCGCUAAAAAUAGAUUCCGCUAGAGGAUUCGACAAAGAUGUCUGGAGUUCUGACGUAACCAAUCCACUGGUCGUUAACUGGAAAGAUCAUUUUGUUAACAAGAUUCACGAAGACAACAAACUUCUUAACCUUGUGAAAGUGUAUCCACAGCAACUGGAAGAUGGCCUGAAGAAAAUUACGGAUGAUGACAAUUAUGGAGCAAGAACAGUAGCAGCCAUCGACAACAGCCGCGGCAUUGUCAAGUUCGAGAUUGCCCACGCAAAGGACAGUAAAGGAGGACAAGGACAACACGAGCCGACGACUGGAUGGAGAACUUUAAGUUCUUCAACUCUGAGCACAACUGUCAGUCCCAAUAAUCCAAGUCGAGGAGACACCGUCAGUAUCUGGGUUCGAGCAACGGACAUCACAGAUCGAAGUAAGACAGACGUGAUCCGGGUUCAUUAUGAUGAUUCACCACCAAGCGCAUUAAAAACAGUAAAGUUUAAAAGAAAUGUUCCAGGCACUUACCCAUUUGGAUCGAAAGUUAAUUUGACCAUGUUUGACAUGGACAGUGGGAUUUAUCAAGUUAACAUGACAACCGUGCGACUGAAGUCAGCUACUAAUAUGAUGUCUCAUUCCUACAAAAUUCCGACAAUACCAAAGUCAGAAUGUCAAGAUUUUUUAGAAGACAACUGUUUCUGCUCGAGUGACCAGCCAGACAUGUGUCAAAGGAAAACUCAAGUUCUAGAUAUCGACAACUGCUGGCUGAUGGUUGAUAAAGAUGGACUCAAAUCCGAGACCGUUGAAUUGCACUUUACGAUAUUUAAUAAUGCGCUUCUCUCGGUCACUCGCAAAGUCCAGGUUUCAAAUCUGUUGAGCCUGAAUGGCACAGAAUCUUUCCUGGGUCCUAUGCGUAUUCGUAAUGAAAGUGUCACCCAGACUGGAGCUAGGAUCAGGUGGGACCACGCCCCCGCAUGUUACAAACGGACUGAAAUGUGGAUCAACUACAAGAACAAAGAUGGAAAGCUCAUAAAGAAGAGUUUACAUAAAAACGCAGUGUAUGAAGAUAUUAUCGGACUCGAACCCGGUACCAACUACACCAUACAGCUGAUAACUCAGUAUGCAGAGGUGAUGAGUGAACCAGUGAACUUUUUACUUGUAACUCAGUCUGACCCAGUAUCCAGUGGUCUUAGUGGCGGCUCAGCUGCUGGGGUCUCUUUUGGAGUAUUACUCUUAAUUGCCUUUGUCCUACUGAUUGUCGGAUUUCUAAUGUGGCGACAAGGGCGAAUCCAAACGGUGGGACAGGUCCUGCGGUUCGAUAGGUUGGAUCAUUUGAUACAGGUCGUGACACAUAAUGAAGGGGAGGCUUCUACUCCAGCAGCGGGCAGCAAGGUUAAGAGACAGCCAACAGUCUCCCUUGCUGUUGGUAAUAGCACAUACUCUCCGGAUGAUGAAAUCUAUCUGUACGGAAGCAUGGCCUUCGAAGCGAAACAGUCGUGGUAUGUCUACCAUGACGAUCUGACGUUGGUAAAACUCAUCCACACAGGACGAUUUGCUAAAAUAUACACGGCCACGUGGAAGGGCGCUCCUAAAGACCACAAUGAGGUCAUUGCUAAGAUGGUCAAAGAUGAUCACACAGAAGAAGACGCUCUUAUCAUGAUGGCAAAGAUCAACUUUCAAGCCACCGAAGUUGGAGAGCAUCCAAACAUCUUGCGAUUCUUCGGAGCUGUUGUGGACAAUGAUGAAUUGGGUCCCAUAAUUAUUUUGGAGUACUGCGAGACUGGACAGCUUGACCAAUGGUUGACCAAACAGCAAGGCAAGACAACAGAUGACACCAUCGAGAAGAUGCAGAGGAUUGCCAUGGAGAUCGCGCAGGCCAUGGAGUACCUUACGUCACGAGGGAUCGUACACAAGAAGCUUGCAGCAAGAAAUGUGCUUCUAACCUUCAUUCUUCAAGCGAAGGUCACAGGAUUUGGGCCUCAACGAGGAGAUGACGCGGAAGAAGAUGAAAACUCGAAAGGGAGUCGUAUUCCUAUCAAAUGGACUCCCCCAGAAUGCCUCAAGUCUUUGAAACACGCCGAUGAAAAGAGUGACGUGUGGUCUUAUGGUAUCGUCCUGUGGGAAAUAUUCAGCUUGGGACAAACUCCGUAUCCGAACAUUCGAAGUCGUGACAUCGCCGGCAAACUUAAGGGUGGCUACAGACUUGGACGACCUGAGUUCUCUGAAGAUCUACACUACAAAAUGAUGCAAGACUGCUGGACAGAGAAACCCAAGAACAGACCAACCUUCAAGAAGCUGGUGGAGAACAUGGAAUCCAUGUUUGGAAUGCAGGCUGCUGCAGAUGAUGUUUAUAUGUACCAGCGGCCUUAAUCUUCAGAUGAUACCAGCGGCCUUAAACCUCGUCAGAUGAAGUUUAUUUGUAUCAGUGGCUUUAAUCUUCAGAUGAUGUUUAUUUGUACCAGCGGCCUUAAACCUCUUCAGAUGAUGUGUAUUUUAUCAGCGGCUUUAAUCAUCAGAUGGUGAAUAUUUAUACCAGAGGCCUUAAUCUUCAGAUGAUGUUUAUUGUACCAGCGGCCUUAAUCUUCAGAUUAUGUUUAUUUGUACCAGCGGCCUUAAUCUUCAGAUGGUGUUUAUUAGUUCCAGCGGCCUUAAUUUCUAGCAGCAAAUGUCAAUGGAAACUUUUGGACCAUGUAUACAUUGAGUUUGAAUAUACUUAUGUUUACACAUAUUAUGGAAAUUUUACAAACAGAAUAACAAGACUGUUGUUAUUUAUUAGUUCGUUUUAGGUGCUGAAUCAUAAUCCAAUUCUACUGUCAAAUGUUUUCAACAGGAUUACGUAUGAUGCAGUAACAAUACAAAGACUUGAUAGAAAUGUGUCAAUUUACAUUUUAAUAGUAAUGAUUCAAGACAGUGUGUAUGUAUAUUUGAAAUGCAUUUUGCUUGAUAGAUUUCAAAACAAACGUAUUUUCAGUAGCACAUGUGUGUAUAUAUGUAUUCCAUAUAUGUUUUUAGAAUAAACAACAAAAAUACAUGUUCAAACGAAUGUGUAUAUAUAGUGGAUAACUGGUUACUGUCUUCAGAUAUCGGCUUUAUCCUGUGAUGGAUAGAAUGACAAGUACCGUGAGACUUUACUGAAUAGCAUUCGACCCAAGCAGAAUAAAGCCGAUAUUAUAAGAAAGUAACCGGUAAUUUAUUUAUUUUGCAAUCCAACAUAAGACGAACUCAUUAAUAAAACGAAACGUUGUAUUUCUCAACUUCACCGUUUUGUAGAGAACUAGGUCUACACGUAAUGAAUGCCUUGUCGCCUAUAAUAUCCAAACCCCAAAACAAAACGGUUCCUAAACAACAACAAUAAAACAGCAAUUCAACUGGAAAUCAAAUAAUAAAUAACUUUGAACACAACCACAUUCCGUUGUUCAUCUUAACUACUUUAUAAGUUGUUCUCCUCCCCCACCCUCCAAAAACGAAAGAAUCUAUAUUUUUUAUUAGUGACAGAAAAUAUAGAAAUUUAAAUAGUGAUCAUAUCUUGCCACAAUAUAAAGUGAUUGCGGGAUAAAUACCCACACGUGUAUUCAGCACAUGACAUGUACAUUUCAAUAAUGUUUUGAAGUUUUAGAAAUUUUCCUUUUAUCUACUAAUGCUAUAUGUAUGCUCUAUUUUUGUUUUACUAUUUUUUUUAUCUAAGAGGAAGUACUGCUCAGUUAUUUUAUAUAACUUGCAUGCGCGAAAUGCUCGUGUGGUAAUAACUUAAUGUAAAUGCAGAUGUCCCAAUAUGUACUAUAUUGUAUAACGUGUGUAAGCAUUCACUUGGAUGGUUUUUAUUCAUAUUGUUCUAAUGCCUCACAACACCAGAAAAAUUGAUGUAUAAACAAUAUACUGCUUUUAUUAUAUUUUACGUUUUUAUAGGGUAAAUAUAAAAUAUCUCUUAGUC